CUGAACUAAUCCCAUGUGGACUAGGAUACCUAAACUAACUAAAAAUCUAAAAGCAAAAUAAUAACAAAUGAAGAAUAAGAAACUUAGAGAAUGUGGGUUAAACUGCGACAAAACCUAGCACCCAUUAGAGAUAAAACAUCAGCUGUAGAAGACAUGGAAGAUUACGAGGAGAAUGAUUCAAACCGUGCAUGCAGUCCUUGUGGAUGUUCAUGGCAAGUUUGCUUCACAAGUCACCCCAAUAACAUCGGAUCAUACAUACUCUUGCCCAAGCAGCAACAAUGGGAGGGGUCCAAGAUGAUGAUAGUGAGGCAGAUCUCUCAGACGUUGGCGCGGCCUAAAUGGAAGAAUUUUGUUAGAAGGUUUAGUACUAGUAUUGUGAGUGACCAGAACAAAAGAGGUUGGAAGAAUUUUAUUACUAGUGCGAGUAUUGCGAGCAACAAGAAAAGAAGAGGUUGGAAGAAUUUUAUUACUAGUGCAAGUAUUGCGAGCAACAGGAAAAGAAGAGGGCAGUUUCAUUACGAUCCUCGAAACUAUGCCCUUAAUUUUGAUGAUGGCACUGAUAUAGAAAUAGACCGUGCAUGGCCUAAUACCGCGGCUCAACUUCCAGCCCCGCAGCAUAACACAAGAACUUUGUAA